CGUGCUGGGUGCUGGCAAGCGUCAUCUUUUUCCAGCAGCACUCGAUUCGCGCCGAUUCGAUAGGUGCCGUCGUGGCUCUGGUGCUUUCGUUCCCUCUUGUGGCCUUGCCAACCGCCUACUUGACGUCCUUCGUGGUCAAGUCUCAAAGCCUAGCCGCUACAAUUGUGGUCGUAGCUUUCUCCGCAACGGGUAUCGCACGGACCUUCAAGGAUCCCGACGACCAUUCCUGGGUCUCCUUUCUGUGGACGCUGGUUCCGCCGUACGCCUUUCCAGGUUCCCUGAUGAAAGUCCUUGCCAUCGACAGACGCAACAGCGUCUGCGACGCUAUGCGAAAGAAGUGGCACCUCGAAAAUGGCUCGCUUUCGGAGGCGUGCCCUCAACAUCUGUUGUCAUGCUGCUCCGACUACCAGAACACCAGUUUCUGGUACACCAGCAGUCCUCUGGGCUUCCAUCGGCAAGACGUCGGUCUCGUGUGCCUCAGCAUGGUGUUGGAAGGGGUCCUCCUGUUCGCCCUGCUCUCCUGCCUGGACUCUGGGAUCCACGUCUUCCGGUACUCCCUGCACAGCCCGACGCCCACGUCGCCUUCCGAGAACCUUGACGCGAACGUCAAGAAGGAAAAAGAAGCCGUCCGAAAAAUGUGCUCCACGGGUGACUUCAAGGGGGUCGCAGUGGCGGUGGACGACCUCAGCAAGUGGUAUGGCCGUCGGCACGCGGUCCGGGGGCUCUCCUUCGCCCUCAAGAACCACCAGUGCCUGGGUCUCCUCGGCGUCAACGGGGCCGGUAAAACGACCGUGCUUCAGAUGCUCAGCGGGAUCGUUCCUUCCUCCAACGGCGAAGCGCACAUGCAGGGCUUCACGCUGUCCCGGAACCGCCGCGCGUGGCAGUCGAACAUCGGAUACUGCCCGCAGUAUGACGGCCUGAUGAACCGGCUGACGGCUUACGAACAGCUGCGCCUCUUCGCCAGGCUCAGAGGCGUCCCGCCAGGCCUCGUGGAACGCGCGGUGACCAGAGUCGUAUGGAUGGUCGGCCUCGAGGAAUGGGCCUGCAAACAAUGCUUCACCUACAGCGGCGGUAACAAGAGGAAGCUGUCCCUAGCCAUGGCCAUCAUCGGUGUCCCGAAGCUGCUGCUGCUGGACGAGCCGUUGUCCGGCGUGGACGCCAUCGUACGCAGACGAAUUGUGACCGGCUUGAGACUCGCCAUGGAAUCGCUGGACGUCGCUGUCGUCUUUGGGACGCACAGCGUGCAGGAAUGCGAAGCCCUCUGCGACACGGUAGGCGUCAUGGCCGCCGGGGAGCUCAAGUUCCUCGGUUCCUUCGGAAGCCUCAAGGAGAGGUUCCAGACAGGCUGCAUCGUCCGCUUCAAGCUGAACGUCGAUGACCAGCAAUCGACUCUCGCGGCCGCUGUUAGCAAGGAACUUCCUGGAAUCGACCUCAGGGAUGCCCACGAGGGGACGCUGGUCUUCCACCUCAAGCAAGGGAUUCCUUGGAGCGUCCUCUUCGACAAGCUUGAUCGUCUGCGAGAAACGUUCGCCAUCGAAGAAGCAAUCGUAUCCGACAUGACCUCCGGGCACGCCCUUUCGACUCUGUCCAGUGGCGAGUCAGACGCGCUGUCUUUCGGGAGAUCAUGAGCACGAACAGCUAGUGGUUCGUUUCCACAUAAACAGCUUCCCCGGAAUGAAAAAUAAACAAUAUGUUCUAUAACGA